AUGCCGUCCAUACUGUCACUGCGCAAGUCACGUCUGUAUCAGACGUCGACAGAGAAGCUGGAAAACAUGCAGCACAUGAGCAGGGCAAUUCGCCAUCGCGCCGAAUUUUUGAACAAGCAGGAGAAAGCUCAUCUGCGCAUGCGCACAAAGCAGAUCGAGUCGAAUGAGUACGCGGUGAUGGGAAGUGUCUACCGCCUCAGAGACUACAUGAAAAUUGACCUGAUCGAUAUGCACAAGUCAAAAAAGAAAAUCCAGCGAAGUGUCACGGAAUUUGAACAGUCUUUGAAAGAAGGGACGAACCUUCCCGUCUUCAAGUCGGAAUACGAACGACUUAGGAAAAAGCAAAGGCGACUUGAGAAACUAGAGGUUGACUUACGAGGGCCGAAUUCAUACAGUCUCGCCAAAGAUUUGAAUUCGCAAUUAAAACUAGUUAAUCUUACGUAUAGUUACGAUACUGAAAAUAAGAAAGUACACGGCUUCAAUUUACCGCCUAUCGAUGCAAACCCGAACACCACCACGACAGAAGAGGCACCUUUAUCGGAUGCUGAGAAGAUCGCCCAAGACGAGAAUGAGAAGGAACAGCAACAAAAAGAGGAAGAAGAAAAAAAGGAAAGCGAAAGACUGCUGCAAGAAAAACGACAGUCACCUCUACGGAGAUUAUCGAAAAAACUCGACAAUAAUAACAAUAUUUUGUUGCCAACAAACCCGGCGUAUCGCCAAUUGAUGCAGAUCAAAAAGGAGCAAGAAGAGGAAGCCGAACGAUUAAAGCUGUUGGAAGAGGCCGAGAUUGAGAAAAAGCGUAAAGAGGAGGCAGCGAAACCACUCCCGCCUCUUAGAGAAACGCUCUUCGCCGACAUGAAUCUGAAGAUGCCGAAGAAGUUUGUGAGAAGUAGAAGUCCUGUUAGUGGGUCCCUGUUGCGACGUAAGUUACACGCCGAGCGCCGUAUAAAGAAUAUGAAAGUGCAGUCGCGAUCAGACGUGGACAGAAAACUUAGCAAUUCGAUCACUUCUUUAAAUAAGAUGGCGUCUGUGUCGUCGUCCGGUGAACAAAACACUAAAACCUCUCCCAGAGGGUCAGAUUAUGGCGACAACUCGUCAACGGUAGCCGCGAGCGAAGCAGGGAGCAAAUUGACGAGGAGGAAGCACAGGAGAUCGGAGGGUGGACUCAUACUUCCGCCGAUCAAAGUAGACAUUAGCAUGCUUAAAGAAAUAAAAGAACAUCGUAUACGUCACAAAAAAGAGUCAACUGGUCUCCCCCACCUACCAUAA